AAUGGCGGAGAGCAGAGAACGAAGCGAUAACUUGGCUUUGCAAACGCGAGUGCGCCGUCAUUGAAACGCAGAUACCACCCACGAGUGAUUCUCGGAGUUGCUUACGGUUUGCCUCUGCCGAUGGGAUAUAAGUCGGACGCAGCGAAAAGGGGAUUUUCGGAACAAGGUUUGGAUUUAGCGAGCUGGUUAGCCAGCUAAGCUAACCGUGCUAGCAGCCUGGCGUUAGCUGGCUUCAAGUCGUGUGCGUGUGUGUGUGAGAUUUUAACUACGCAGGCUUGUUUGUCAACAUAAGAUGACGUUAAAUUGCCAGCGAGCCAGCUAACACGCAACUUUUUUUUUUUUUCGCCCGGCUUCCAAAGCUAACCUAACAUGAUCGCUACAGCUCACCGCAAAAUUAUUAAUCCAAAGUAGCAGUAGGUAAAACGAGCAAAAGCAGUAAGUUAAGCUGCUAACUGGCUUGUUUUACGCAAGCUGCCGUUUUCAUGGGAAUUGAUCAUCCAGCGUGACAACUUACAGCAGGACCCCGUGGGCAGGACCUUUAUUUACAAGUUGACAAAACGGUCAGAGGCCAACAGGCUUCUCCCUGCACCCGGGGUGGUGCCAUGUGACGGAGCAGCCGUGGUGCUAUAAACCCACCAUCACGACCGCUCCAUCACCUCCACUCCAAGCUGUUUGCCCACCACUGAUUGCUCCCCCUCCAGUCUCCCUUUCCUCCCUUUAUCUUUGCUCUGAGCCCUGGACAAGGCUAACCACAGCCAACACAUGACUCACCCACUGGAGCCCUAGAUCAAGUCAGUUAAAGCUGAAAAUGAGUGCAGUAGGGGAAAACCCCCUGGACCCUGCCACGCCAGAGUCACGCAAGAGGAAGGGCUCACCAUGUGACACAUCAGGGCAAAGUGUGGAGAAGCGGAGGCGGGAGCUGGAAUGCCGCUACAUCGAGGAGCUGGCUGAGCUGCUGUCAUCCAACAUGGCCGACAUUGCCAGUCUCAGUGUCAAGCCGGACAAGUGCCACAUCCUCAAGAGCACCGUGGACCAAAUCCAGCAGAUGAAACGGCGUGAGCAGGAGAAAGCAGCUCUUCUGUCUCCGGAUGAGGAGGUGCAGAAGAGCGACAUCUCCUCCAGUAGCCAGGGGCUGGUGGAGAAGGAGGCCCUGGGGCCCAUGCUGCUAGAGGCCCUUGAUGGGUUUUUCUUCGUCGUCAACCGGGAGGGCCGCAUCGUCUUUGUUUCAGAGAACGUGACGGGUUACCUUGGAUACGCCCAGGGGGAGCUGAUGACCUCAAGUGUCUACAGCAUCCUCCAUGUGGGAGACCACAAUGAAUUUGUUCGCAAUCUGCUGCCCAAAAGCCUGGUAAAUGGCGUGCCGUGGCCACAGGAACCUGGCAGAAGGAACAGCCACACCUUCAACUGUCGCAUGCUGAAAAGGCCACCGGACGAGAUGGACUCCGAAAAUCCGGAGGCUCGGCAGCAAUAUGAGAUCAUGCAGUGUUUCACUGUGUCCCAACCACGGACCAUGCAGGAGGAGGGAGAUGACCUGCAGAGCUGCCUGAUCUGUAUUGCCUGUCGGAUACCUCGCGCCCAGCCUUUGAGCGCUGAGUCUUUCAUUACGAAGCAGGACCCUACAGGGAAGAUCAUCUCCAUAGAAACUAGUGCUUUGCGGGCGACAGGCCGGCCUGGCUGGGAGGACCUGGUCAGGAAGUGCAUCUACGCUUUCUUUCAGCCGCAGGGCAAAGAGCCCUCCCACGCCAAGAAGCUGCUGCAUGAGGUGAUGAGCCAUGGCACCGCUAUCAGCCCGUUGUACCAUUUCGCAUUAAGUGAUGGCACCCCGCUCAGCGCUCAAACCCGCUGCAAGUUCUGCUGCCCCCCCAACCCUGACGUACAGCCCUUCAUUAUGGGCAUUCACACUAUUGACAGGGAACACAACACUUCUAGCUCUCAGGAAAACACUAACCCCAGCCUUCCGACCCUUGGCAGCCUUGCCCAGACUCCCUCCCGCUCCCCUUCCCUUCCUCCCAGCAGCAACUGGACCCAAGGCGCCGGCCUCGCCACCCCGGGCCUUCACCCCAACAACACCAACACCUCCCCCCACGGACAUAAUCCAGCCACACCCACAGGCUACCUGACGCCCAAUCGGACCUUUCCCCAGCAGGUCAACAGCCCCUCUCCUUUGAGCAGCCCACUCACAGCCACCCCUACCUCUUUUAUGUCACCCAGGAUGCCACGGGCCAGUCCUGGGUUAGGGGGAAGCCCUCGGGUACCGGGGAACCCCUUCUCUCCUUCCACACCAGGCCUCCAUUCCCCAGCGGGGGAGCUGAGUAGUGGAGGCAGCCUCAGCAAGCAGCAGUCUGGCGGCGAUGGUAGUAGCGGUGCCGGCGGUGGGUCGAUGGGGUCCUUCUCCCUGACCUCUCCUGUCCUACAGAGACAAGCCAGUACACCCGCCGGCUCCUCCAGUCGGCCUCCAUCUGCGAAACCGCCAGAGGGAGGAGAAGGACGGGGAGAGGACUCUGUUAAAGCCCCCCUUCCUUCUGCCUCACAGCUGGGUAACCCCAGACUGAGUCAGCUCCUGGAUAGCAACGGGACGGGAGUUGAAUCUAACAACAACAGAAUCCACUGCACCUCAUCACCUCUUCCACCAAACCCUCCUCCUGUCCCUCAGUGCCCUGCCUCUCACAGCACCCUAACGGAACGGCAUAAGAUCCUGCACCGGCUGCUCCAGGACACCAGUCCCAACGACGGCUCCACCACCACCACCGAGGAAGGACUAAACAAACACGAUGUUGAGAUCAAGAGGGAGCUGCCUGCCAGUCCAGCUCUUAACGCAUCACCUCCCAAGUCCAGCUCCAGAGAGCCACAGGACCAUCAACUACUCCGUUUUCUCCUGGACACAGACGAAAAGGACUUGGGGGACCUUCCACCUCCAUCUGCUCUCACCCUGCAGACGGUUAGGGUAAAAGUGGAGAAGAGAGCAAGCGUGGAGGGAGCAGCCUGUACGGGCUCUACUGCUGCAGCAGGAGGUGCAUCCAAACCUGCAGGAGUUUGCAGCAGCUCGGCUUGCAUCAGCCCCAAAUCGAGCCCCGUCGGAGAGAACUGCAGAGACAGCCGCAGGGACAGCCGAGACUCCACGAUCUCUGGUGGCCCUGUUGACAUGGACCCUCUCACCCAGCUGCUGCCUGGCCUGAGAGGCCCGGGUGAGGUCAAACACGGCAGUGAGGAUUCAACAACCCCUGGAGGGGGCCCCCAACUCCACUCUCCAGCCUCGCAGCCCUCAGCUCAGCUCCAGUCCUCCCUGCCUCAGCUCCAGUCCCCGCUUCCUCAGCUCCAGUCCCCCCUGUCCCAGCCACAGUCCCUUUCCCAGUUGCAAUCGCCGUCACCCCAGCUCCACUCCCCUUCCCCCCAGCUCAAACUGCAGUCACCCACUCAGCUCCAGCCCGGUGAGGCCGGCACUCCCCGCAAUGUCAAUGUGAAGAGAGAGCCUCCCGGCACUCCGAACAGAGGACUCGCUGAUGGCGGCCCGACCUCCGGCUGCAGCCUCCAGAGUCAGUCAUCCUUUGAUUUCUGCAGUCCCCCCACUCCGAACCAGACACAGAACCAGGGACAGGGAGACAUCUUCCAGACCGCCCAGGACAGCAGCUCCUUUCCAGAGGCAGACAUUAACCCAUUCAGUUCAAGCACUGGCCUAUCUAAGAUGGACGUGGGAGACUCCCAGUUCCAGCCUUUGACGCUGUCUGACACCUUGUCCUUUGAUGGUCUUGGAACACCUUUACAAGCUCCCUUGGCAUCACCGCAAGAGCAGUGUGUGCCAUGUUCGCUGGAUGAAGUGCUGGGCCCUCCCACCACAUCCGAGGGCCGGAACGAUGAGAAAGCUCUGUUAGAGCAGCUCGUCUCCUUCCUCAGUGGGACUGAUGAGAGUGAACUGGCCGAGCUGGAUAAGGCUCUGGGUAUUGACAAACUGGUGCAGGGCGGCUGUUUUGAACCUUUGCCCCCAAACUUCCCAACCCAGCAGCCCACUGCCACGCCAGGUUCCAUGGACCUUAAACUUCCCACCUACCUUUCCCAGUUUACACCAGCUCCACAAGCUCAGUUUCCUCCCGAGCUGGCCACAGUGGUGGGGACACAGGGUCUUGGGUUUGGAGCCCCCCGGGGGGCUUUCCCCGGCGGGACGACGGGCAUCGGGCUGAGGCCAGGCAUGACGCGACCACAGGGGAUUGGCCCUCAGCUCAGGCUGCCACCCAACCAACUGCGCCUGCAGCUGCAGCAGAGGCUGCAGGGCCCACAGCAGCUCCAGAACAGGGUGGCGGGCAUGAAUCCGUUUCCUGGAGGCGCCCAGCAUGUGAACAUAGGGAUUCGUCAAGGGGUUCAACAACCUCAAAUGCCCUCACAGCAGCCUCCGCUGAAUGCCCAGAUGCUGGCCCAGCGACAGAGGGAACUCUUCAGCAUCCAGCACCGCCAGCGCCAGCUUUUCCAGCAGAAAGUCAUGCUGAUGAGACAGAACAUGGCAGGGGCUCCGACCGGAGCUGUGGGGCCCAUCGGAACUGCCAGGGUCCCAAAAGGUCCCACAACAACGCCUCAACAGCAGCAGCAGCAGCAACAACAGCCGCAGCAGUUCAACUUUCCACAAGGGUACCCCCUGUUGACGGGAAAAUCCCCUACCUCACCAAGUCAAUUCGGCCCCAUGAGCGGGAGCCCUCUGGACAACAAACUGCCCGGCAGAGUUCCCCUGAAUAACCAGGCGCUGAUGGGCAGCGUGCCGGGCCAGUUCAGCAGCACCGUCAACUCCUCAUUGCAGCAGGGCCUGUUUCAGCAGUUUGGAGGGACUGCUCUCGCCCAGCAAGACCCAUCUUUCCCGUCUGAGAUGAGUCCGACCAGCCCGUUGUUGUCACCUCAAAGCUCCACCUCCCAGAGUCCUCUGCUUCAGCAGGCCCCGCCCCCUGGCUACCAGUCACCAGAAAUGAAGAGCUGGCAACAGACAGGCAUGGGCAGCAACAGCCUGUUCAGUCAGUCAGGACAGAGUGCAGGGCCGGCUUUUGGCCAGCAGGGGGUUUACAACAACAUGAGCAUCACCGUCGCCAUGGCCGGGGGCUCGGCUAGUGUCGGCUCAUUACCUCACAUGGGGCAGCCGGUUGGCAUGAGCAACAGUAACCUCAGUAACGUCGGUUCAGUGUGCAGCGACCAGCAGGUGCAGCAGGUUCAGGUGUUCGCGGACGUGCAGUGCACAGUGAACCUGGUCGGCAGCGACUCCUACCUGAACCAGGGCUCCAUCGGAGCCACGGCCUCCCAGAAGGGCCCCGGAGCGCAGGGCUCCCAGAACAACCAGGCCCAGCAGAAGAGCCUCCUCCAGCAGCUGCUCACCGAGUGACAACUCUCGCAAACCCCUUCAGCUCUCCUACCCCCUCUACUUCUCACUUCUACGCCUCCUCCUCGGAGGUCGGUGCACCGGACCCAUUGCUGUCUCUGUCUCACCUUUUGGAUGGAAGGGUGGAUGUCGACCACGGAGUAGGCUCAGAGAGGUCCGGCUGUCGUUGGCGCUACGCAGCCUGACCACUUCUGUGCGCACGGGGGAUUUCGGGGGGCUGGUUGUUUUUAGACACCCAGUACUUUUAAGAAAAGACUUAUGUCAGAAGGAGCAGCAGUGUAUUUAAACCUGCCUGUCUAAUCUGUCUGACAACCUGUCUGUCUGCCUCAGCCUAUUAAAGGCAGUGUUGUCUUGCUGCUCAUUCCUUGGUGACCUACUUCCUGCUUCCUGACCCAAGAAAAAAAACAACAACUGCGACAUCAUUGUAGAUUUGCCAGGUUGUCGUCACUGUCAAAUCAGGGCCGGCCUCUCUCUUUUUUUUUCUUUUUUUCUCCGUGUUUUUUUUUUUUUGUGAUGGUGACGGUUUCUGUCGUCGCAGCAGCAGUGCAUCUUGGGAGCAUGAGUUGCAGCAUACAGCUGAGCUCAUCAUUUUAAGUGUGGGGGUAUCCCACACAGCAGCACCUCUGGCUUUUUAUUUUGGUUCGUUUUUUUUCGUUUUUUUCUUUUUCUCUACCUGUCUCUCAGCGAUGUGGGAAUGUUAAGGUUUCAGACCUCUGUGGCAUUGUGGGAUAGAAGCUCAGUAUCAGCUGGUUCUGUGACUGUCUCUCUCUAUCAGCUACAGUGCCUGGUGGAAGUUUGAGUUUUUCACAAGCUCUGCUUCUUCUUCUUCUUCUUCUUCUUCUUCUUCUACAUAUUAAUCUUAUUACGUCGUUGUUUUUUUUGGGUUGAAUUGUUUUGUUUAAAAUCUUCUGCUCUCACCGUCAUCAUCAUCAUUAUCAUCAUCAUCAUCUUCAUGAUCAUCAGAACAAGCUUUGACAACAGCCAGAAUGGAUUGGAUGGAUUGAUUGAUGGAUGGAUGGGAGACAGACGGGAUGCUGCUCAGUUUGGAACUUACGUGUCUUUCUCUCACCCC